AGUACUAGUACCAAAACCAGAUACCCCAUUCAGAUCUCUCCACCUGACCCACACCAAAACCAGCACCCAACUCCCUCCCUCCCUCACAAAACCUCUCAAAUCUCAACAAUGGCGUCUUCCUCUCUCUUCCAAUCCCCUUCCUUCUCUCUCAAACCCCAGAAACCCAUUUCCCCACCCUCCACCAAACCCCAUUUCACCACUACCAUCAAAUGCUCCUCCUCCUCCUCCGCCGCCAAAUGCCGCGACAACAUCCGCGACGACGCCCACAGCCACAACACCACCCACACCCACCACUUCUCCGCCAACUACGUCCCCUUCAACUCCCCCGCAGACGACACGUCGUCCGAGUCCUACUCCCUCGACGAGGUCGUCUACCGCUCCCAGUCCGGCGGCCUCCUCGACGUCCAGCACGGCAUGGCCGCCCUCAAGAACUACGACGGCAAGUAUUGGCGCGACCUCUUCGACUCCCGCGUCGGCAAACCCACCUGGCCCUAUAGCUCUCGUGUCUGGUCCAAGAAGGAGUGGGUCCUCCCUGAGAUCGACAGCGACGACAUCGUCUCCGCCUUCGAGGGCAACUCCAACCUCUUCUGGGCCAAGCGCUACGGUAAAACAGUCCUCGGCAACGAGCUCUGGGUCAAGCACUGCGGCAUUAGCCACACCGGCUCCUUCAAGGACCUAGGCAUGACCGUCCUCGUCAGCCAGGUCAAUCGCCUCCUCAAAAUGAACCGCCCCGUCGUCGGCGUCGGAUGCGCCUCCACCGGUGACACCUCCGCCGCCCUGUCCGCCUACUGCGCCUCUGCCGAGAUCCCCUCCAUUGUGUUUCUGCCGGCGAAUAAGAUCUCGAUGGCGCAGCUGGUCCAGCCCAUCGCAAACGGGGCCUUUGUGCUAAGCAUCGACACCGAUUUCGAUGGCUGUAUGAAUCUGAUUUGA